CCGUGAAAAUAUUGACUAUUUGUACCAAACACCUCUAUAUUUUUUUUUGUCUGUACAAAAUGUUAUGUCAAAAUCAGCCAAUUAGAAAGAAAACUCAAAAUUGUCAAAUCUGAAAUCUCAUUCUUUGGAACUAGGAAUCAGUCGCUGGGAAACUUCGCAAUUCUAGCAGUAUCUUAUUAAACUGAUCUCAAAUAACAAAUUUCCAACAAAAUGUUGAUCAAAGUCAAGACGCUUACAGGCAAAGAAAUCGAGAUUGAUAUCGAGCCUACAGACAAAGUGGAAAGAAUCAAGGAGAGAGUUGAGGAGAAAGAAGGCAUACCGCCCCAACAACAGCGCCUUAUAUUUUCUGGAAAACAAAUGAAUGAUGAGAAAACAGCCCAAGACUACAAAGUGCAAGGAGGUUCAGUGCUUCAUUUGGUGUUAGCGCUUCGAGGAGGACACUGAUCUGGCUUGUGAUAUUUCUCUUGUAUUUAUAAUGAUUAACUUUAUUUUUCAUUACAUGUAUAAACAAUUAUAAUGUAAUAACAUUGUUUUAAUGAAACAGAAGACAAAUCAUUUCGUCUUUUGCAAAGGUCAGGAGAUGUAACAGUUUUUUUAAAUAAAACAAUAAAUUUUUUGAGCAAGU